AUGACUAGGAAGAAGGUGAAACUUGCGUAUAUCACUGAUGAUGCAACAAGGAAAGCAACAUUCAAGAAGAGGAAGAAGGGUAUCAUUAAGAAGGUGAAUGAACUCACAAUUUUGUGUGGGAUUCAAGCAUGUGCCCUAAUUCCAAGUCCUUUUGAUUCCAAGACUGAGGUUUGGCCUGACCCAGAAGGAGCCAAAAAUGUGAUUGAGAGGUAUCAGAAUACACCUAUGAUAGAUGAACGAAAGAACGUGAACCAAGAAAGAUUCGUCAUGCAAUGGGUCGCCAAAACCCAAGACCAAUUGAAGAAAAAGCGUCAAGAAAAUCGUGAGAAGGAGAUGACCCUUUCUAUGUUCCAGUACAUGCAUGGAGAAACGCUGCCACAACACUUCACUGUUGAAGAACUCAAAUGUCUUGACAACGUUAUCGACAAGAAUAUGAAGGAGAUUGAAAAUAAGAUUGCUGCCCUCACUUGA